UCUAGUGUUUUAAUAAGUGCUGUCGCACAAAAUAACCCUUUACCAAUAUUUAUUUUCAGCUCACACACUUUAUCAUAUAACGUUGAUUAAGUUAAUAUCAUGUUCUGGUUUAAUGGUUUAAUCACUGUUUUUCCGCCCACCGUCGAUAAACGAAGAGCGCGUGACUCUCUGUAGUGGUCCUGAGUACGUCGCUGUUUUUCUUUCUUUCUUUUUUUUUACUCGGGUGUUUUGACGAGGAGCGCUCCGUCCGAGGCGUGACAACGGAGGCGCGUUCACGGGGUCGCCACCGGCUUCUGCGCUGAACUAAAGGGAGAAGCAUCACUAUCUAGCACCAUCACAAAGCUUUCUUUACCCACACAUAACGGAGAAAUAUUAGAGGUACAUUUAAAACCAACAGCACGAGAGAACAGGUCGCCAAAGGAGACCGGGGGUGGGGGGAGACGCGCAUCCCAGCAGAUUCAGCGGUAGUACAGUGGUGGUGAUAGGGAGCAGUUUCGGGGAUUUUCCGUUUCGGUUACCCGGUGCUCCACACACCCUGUGCCUUUGAGCCAGCAGCGGGGAGGGAGAGAGAGGAGGAGGAGGACCAUGGAGGGGAUGCAGGCAUACGGAGCCGGGAAAGCCGGAGGAGCCUUCGACCCCGUCACCUUCCUCCAGCAGCCUCAGACCAUUCUCCGCAUAGUGUCUUGGCUCUUCUCCAUUGUGAUCUUCGGCUGCAUCGCCAAUGAGGGCUACAUCAACCAGGCCAAAGAAGAGGAGGAGUACUGCAUCUUCAACCGCAACCAAAACGCCUGCAAUUAUGGGGUGUUUAUGGGCUCCAUGGCAUUUCUUUGCUGUGUGGGCUUCCUGGCUCUGGACAUCUAUUUCCCUCAGAUCAGCAGCGUCAAAGACCGCAAGAAAGCUGUGCUGGCUGAUAUUGGGUUGUCAGCAUUCUGGUCCUUCAUGUGGUUUGUGGGUUUCUGUUUCUUGGCCAACCAGUGGCAGGUGUCUGAGGACAACCAAUUUAAAGAGAGAGGGGACGCUGCCCGAGCAGCCAUCACCUUCUCCUUCUUCUCCAUCUUCACUUGGGGGGCCCAGGCUCUCUUCUCUAUGGAGAAGUUAAAGAAUGUGUCAUUUGAAGAGGAAUACACCAAGCUGUUCCCUCCUCAGCCUCAUCAGUCUUUUGUUUGACUUUAUCUUCUCUCUUUGUUGCCUUAACCAUCUGCAGCAGGUCCUACACGCUCCUCUUUCUUUACUGAGACUGCACUUGAUUUGGGCGCCCUCUUACAGCAAAUACUGCCGUUGCUGACACAGAGACAUAAAAGCAGACUUACUAAUCCAAACACCUCCAAACACCCACAUUAACAAGCAGGCUGACCUUAUCAUUCAUCAGCGCAAGACACUCAACAGCUAAAUUUACACGUGCAGCUCUAAAUAUCUCAGGUGUGAAAUCAGAGCUUUUUCUGUUGGAAUUUCAUGAAAGACUCAUUUUAUUUAAGAAGAAAAGCUUCACCAAAUUAUUUUUUUUAAUUUUUUUGUUGAAACAGAUGUUACAGUCAGAGUAUCUGCAACACCAAACCUGGAGCCCUGAGCAAUUGCUGUCUCAGUUUUUAGGACUGGACACCAUUUUUUCACGUCCUUAAUUGUAAUGAGUUUUUAUAAAAUUAUUAAUUGCUUACACCCCCACCCCCUAAUUUUCAGUUCCUCACUUAAACUAAUAAUUUGAUGUAUACUUACUCACAAUCUAGAGCACAUUGCAGUGUUGAGAUGGUUAUUUUCAGAUAUAUUAUUACACAGAUAUGUUGCACUCAAAAUCCUCGAUUGAAAUCAAUGGGAGAAUUCGACAGCACUCAGACGUUGGUGGAAGUGUAACUUAUAGGGGAUGUUUUAAGCCUUUCCUGUUGUGUAAGAUCUGAUUGCUGACUCUAUGUACUGCUGACAAGUGAAAUGAAAGCUAAUUUAGCUAAUGCUUAGUAACACCAAACUUGUUUCAAGAUGACCGACUUUGUUUAUGUGCUGGACAGUUUCUCCAGUAGAAGGACUUCAGGCUCAAUCAAUCAAGCAGAGAAAUGUUAAAGAGCUUUCUGUUGGAAGAUGUUAAGUUCAGAUGGAGCGAGAACUGUUUCGCCUCGUUUACAGUGAGAACACAAGCUAAGCUGAGUCGUCUCGCUACAGACUCCAGCAUAUUUAACACAUUUUAUAGGGGUGUCAGUUUCCUCUGUGUUUGCACACACAGGCUCCCUCUUUCACUUUCAUUUUAUUAAAUUUAGAUGGUAGAGGUGUGUUAGAGCUUCAAUUUUAGUCAUUUAACAUUUAAUAUUCAUUGUCUUUUAUGGCUAAGUUUUAUUAUGCGGGUGCUAAUAAAAUGUUCUAUAUUCAUAUUUACAAAAAAAGUCUGAAAUAUUCAGGGUUCAGUCCAUGUAACUCAGACUGCAAUGAGUGCAAAUUUCCUCUAAGUAUGUGCUGUGGAACGUUUUCUUUUGGACAGUUAGCUGGCCUGAUGCGCUGUCAUGUAUCGACUUAUAAAAUCAAAAAAGGUUCAAAAGUAUUGCAGCUAUUCAAGUGUCUGCAACAUCUGAGCAGUCGAUAAUAAAGAAAAUCUCCUCGUGUAA